ACGGGAGAGAAAAACAAAGUGAGAUUGUUAAGGAGUGAAAGGGUUUGGAUAGCUGAGCAACAAAAGACCGAAGGGGGGAAAAAGAAAAGUGGAGCGACAAAUAGAGCUACAACCCCAGCGAGAAAGGAAGCGAGGGAGAAAUAAAGAAGUCUUUUUGAAUCUCCUCGCCCAUCUGGACUCCAUCUGCGUUUCUCUGGCGGCAAGAAGAGCUUGGGCUGCAGCUUACAUAUGCAGGGGGCUUAGACACAUGCCCCACAUAUGAAGGCGAGAAAAGAGAAGCGAAAGGGAGCCGUAAACAAGCUAAACCAAGGGACUGAUUUGUUUUUGGAAUAAGAGUGAAGGAAAAAAGGACCGUCCACAGAGAGGUGAGACAGUGGGGAGAAGAAGGUUCUUGCCAUGCCCGGUUCUCCAGUGGAUGUAAAGACUCAUUCCAGACCGGCAGUCUCCGCCAUGCCCCCUCUUCCCUCAGUCAACCCCAGUGGGCCUCGGCCUGCUGCCUUUUCUUCCACAGCAUUGUCCAACGGGAUGAACCAUUCACCACCAACCCUCAAUGCUGUCCCCUCCCCACCUCAGCGCUACAGUAACGGGCCAUCCUCUUCCUCUUCCUCUUCAUUGGCCAAUCAGCAGCUUCCAGCGACGUGCGGUGCUAGGCAACUUAGUAAACUGAAGCGGUUCCUUACAACAUUGCAGCAGUUUGGGAAUGACAUCUCACCUGAGAUUGGAGAGAGUGUGCGGAGCUUAGUCCUAGCCUUGGUGAAUUCUACAGUCACUAUUGAGGAGUUUCAUUCCAGACUACAAGAGGCCACAAACUUCCCCUUAAGACCAUUUGUCAUCCCUUUCUUGAAGGCAAACCUACCAUUAUUGCAGAGAGAACUGCUUCAUUGUGCACGAGCAGCUAAGCAGACUCCAGCACAGUAUCUUUCUCAACACGAGAACUUGCUGCUCAGCACAGCGGCACCUUCUCCUGCAGACUCCACUGAGCUACUGCUAGAGCCAAGUGACAACAGCAAGAGACACAGCCCUAGCAGAGCCAAGGAAAAUGGCUUCCACGAGCGACCCCCGGCACCAUUAGAGCCACCAGCCAAGCGAAUCUGUACAAUUAGCCCCGCCCCCAGGCAUAGCCCUGCCCAUCCUGUGCCCCUCCAGAUUCAUCCAACACCACCCCCUCUCCAGCACUACGCUCUGGAUGACAUCAGCACCCCACACCUAUACAGAGAGCCCCAUCGCAUCCUGGAGCUCAGAGAACUGAAGGACAGGCCACGACUACCUGGUACUAAUGGGGGCUACCAUGAGGAACCAGUUGACCACAGACUGACUGAGAGAGAGUGGGCUGAUGAGUGGCGACACCUGGACCAUGUGCUGAACUGCAUCGUGGACAUGGUGGAGAAGACGAGGCGUUCAGUGAGCGUCCUGAGACGCUGUCAGGAAUCUGACCGCGAAGAACUCAACUACUGGCGACGGAGGUCUAGUCAGCUCGAUGGUGCACGCAAGAGUGCUCCAACUCCCAGUGCUGUGUCCUUCUCUAAAUCGCACAGUCCUCUCUCUACUGAUGCAGUCAGUUCUGAUCCUCAGCGGGAGAUCUCUCUGCAUGCUGGCUCUGGCUAUGUGCCCGAUGAGAUCUGGAGGAAAGCUGAGGAAGCAGUCAAUGAGGUGAAGCGGCAGGCGAUGGAUGAGGUGCAGAAGGCGGUGGCAGAGGCAGAGCAGAAGGCCUUUGAGAUGAUCGCAGCUGAGAGAGCUAAAAUGGAAAAAACCCUGGCUGAAGCCAAAAGGAAAGCCACAGAGGACGCAAUUCAGGUCAUCAACGAACAAGAGGACUCCAGCGAGUGCUGCUGGAACUGUGGCAGGAAGGCGAGUGAGACGUGCAGUGGGUGUAAUGCAGCUCGCUAUUGCGGCUCCUUCUGCCAGCACAAAGACUGGGAGCGUCACCACCUGAUCUGCAGCCCGGGCCUACAGGCUCAACCCAAAGGAGUGUCCACCCUUAACACACGCGUCCUGACCAAAGCCCCUGAGAGCAGCCCAGCCAAGAGCCUCAGCCUGGAAAAAAACUCCAACACCUCACGAGCCUCUACUCCCCCAAGCCCCUCCUCAGCCUCCACCCCUGACACCAACACACAUUAGAGGAAACACUAGAGAAGAAAUAUGGACAUUUUACAUCUCAGUGACAUGACAAAGACUAUUAAUAUCAGAAAACCAAGAAAAAGGAGCCACAUUAAUGGACGCAGUAAUUGGAUAUUUCACACAAAUGAUGGGAGUAAUUGCUCAUUGUUUUUUCAGUUGGACAAAAAACUGUAUGGACAUUUCUUUUUUUUUUUCAAGUUAAGAAUGUGAACAUCACUUUACUGCAGUAAAGUACAGCAAUGUUCUGAUUCUUUGUUUAAGGAAUAGAAAGAAAAAUCAUCAGAUGAUGGCUGUAUCUCAUUACUGUCCAUUGAACUGGUGUUUAAUGAUUCUUCUUGCACAAACAAUGUUUGUCAUUUUUGUGAGUGUGUGUAUGUGUGCAUGUUUGUGUAUGUUUCUGCUGCAUGUGUUGGACAAUUCGAUUGCUUGUAGAGCAAUAUAUUGAAGCAGAAACACCACUGUUGUCCAUCUAUUAAUACAGUUGUGAUCACAAAAGUUACACUUCAACAUAUUUAAUUUAAUACAAGUCUGCUGUUGCUGUCUAAAUGGAAUAUAUCAGCAACUCAACAGACAGCAAACAAACAAUACAAUGGUGCAACUUGCAUGAAUUUAUGUUUCUGUACUUUAAGCAUGGUUUCACGAACCAGGGGGAGUAUUUUACAAAGUAAGUUAAUAAAAUCCAGGCUGAUUUGUAGUAGUCAGGUUUAAUCUAGACCAACAGGCUGUUCCGUAAUCUGUGAACAAUAUUAAACUUUAGCUGUGGACCACCUUAGCCGUGAUGUGAUUUAUAUCAAUUUAAUUAUCAGGAUGGACUGCCCCAAGUCCCAUGGAAUAGACUUAAAAAUAAGUGAUGUAUAGAAAAUGAGUGAGCAUAUAAAUUUUAGCAAGUUAUCAAACUGAUGGCCCUUGAAUUUGUGGCACUUGUGUAUACACUGAAUACAAGAACGUUUCUUAAUGUGUCAGAACUGAUAAUACAUGCAGAAAUUAUUUCCUUUAGUGCAGUGAUUGUUCUGGGUUGAUUCCAAAAGGCUAAUGACCUAAAAGAAAAAAGUUGAGCAAUCUUGGGUGAGGUUCUAUUUAAUCAUCUGUUAUUUCCGAAGAACUUUAAUUUGAAAUAAAAAGAAAAAUGUAAAAUUUCACAUUAAAAAAUGUCACUGAAUGCAGACCUUAUGGCCACUCUGUCUGAUCUAAAGUGUGUGUGUGUUUGAUAUACACUAUAUACUUCCAAUAAAUCCUCCCAGGCUGCACAAUGCAUCAUGCAAUGAAAGAUUUAUUGGGUUUGCAGCAAAUUAGUUGAGCUCAUCAGACUUUGUCCAGUAGAAUCAAUUAAGCCAAGUUAAACUUGACCAAUAACCAGUCACAGAGGAGCCCUGUCCAAAAGCAUUUCUUAAUAUUAUAUAAAGUGUUGAAGUAAGUUACAAAAAUAGCCAGGCUUGCUGGAAUAAGCUUGGCUUAUCAGGUUCACUCACUUUGUGCAAUACUCCCCCCUGGCCUAAAUUUUCCAGACUGCAGUGAAGAGCAGUGCAUAGUCACACGUGGUGUGAAACCUUAUCUGGUGCAAAAGUUAGGACACAGAUCUUGUGGCUGCAGUAUAAGAUAACAUUAUGUUCCCAGCUAAAUUUGUCAAUUAUGUAUUUGCAGAUGUGGUUUUCUUUUUUUAAAAAUUGUCACAAGCUUGUUGGUUAUAUGUGUAAAAUGGAAAGACUAGGUUUAAUCCAACUGUCUAGAAUUAAAGUUAUCUACUUCAGAAUGUUGAGUUUGGGUUGUUUACAGCUUGUUCUUUUACAACAUUUUCCCCCCAAAAAAUUGAAGAUUAUUUUAAUCCUACUAUCAUGAGGUUCCAGGUAAAUUAUGAAUAAAUGCGGGAUAGAAGCUUAACACUAAGCUUGUGACAUUAUCCUUAAUACUACAUCAUCAUUUUGUACUGUAGCUUACAGGUCUGUUAUGAUUGGCAUAAACUCGCCCUUUCAUUAGUUUGACCACAGUACAGAAAUGUCAUGCCAUUGUGUCAUAUUUGAUGAACUGCAUAAUCAACUUGGUGUAAAAUGGUCCUUGAAAUGAACGUUAUGUUUUCUGGUGUUGCCUGUAAGUGUUGCAACUGAAUCUAUUUAAAUCUCAGGAGUACAUUAUAUGUAAAUAAAUUUAUUCUCUUGUUCACGUUUAGAGAGGCUAGGGUUUUGUCAUUUGUUUUUUUUGUUCCACAUUGGUGUCAA